CCGCCCCGCCCCCACCCGGCCCGGCGGUAAGAUGGCGGCGGCAGCCGAGUGCGAUGUGAUCAUGGCGGCGCCCGAGGGACCCGGCGAGCCCGAGAGCGAGGAGGAGGCGCGCAGAGAAGCAGAGUCCUUCAAGGAGCAAGGGAACGCUUACUACGCCAAGAAGGAUUACAACGAAGCGUACAACUAUUACACAAAAGCCAUAGACACCUGUCCUAACAAUGCCAGUUAUUAUGGUAACAGAGCUGCCACCCUCAUGAUGCUGGGGAGAUUCCGAGAAGCACUGGGAGAUGCUCAGCAGUCUGUGAGAUUGGACGACAGCUUCGUAAGGGGCCACCUGCGGGAAGGGAAGUGCCACCUCUCCCUGGGGAACGCCAUGGCUGCCAGCCGCUGCUUCCAGCGCGUGUUAGAACUGGAUCACAAGAACAGUCAGGCACAGCAAGAGCUGAAGAAUGCCAGUACAGUGCUGGAGUAUGAAAAAAUAGCAGAAGUGGAUUUUGAGAAGCGAGAUUUCAGGAAGGUUGUGUUUUGCAUGGAUCGUGCUCUGGAGUUUGCUCCUGCUUGUCACAGAUUCAAAAUCCUCAAGGCUGAAUGUUUAGCACUGCUGGGUCGUUACCCAGAAGCACAGUCUGUAGCAAGUGACAUCUUACGGAUGGACUCGACGAACGCAGAUGCUCUGUACGUCCGCGGCCUCUGCCUUUAUUAUGAGGACUGCAUUGAGAAGGCAGUGCAGUUCUUCGUCCAGGCACUCAGAAUGGCUCCUGACCACGAGAAAGCGUGUUUAGCCUGCCGUAAUGCCAAAGCACUUAAAGCGAAGAAGGAAGAUGGGAAUAAAGCAUUUAAAGAAGGAAACUACAAACUAGCUUAUGAACUGUACACAGAAGCACUAGGAAUAGAUCCUAAUAACAUAAAAACAAAUGCCAAACUCUACUGCAACCGGGGGACGGUUAAUUCCAAGCUUAGGAAACUCGAAGAAGCAAUAGAUGACUGCACGAACGCAGUAAAGCUGGACGAGACGUAUAUUAAGGCGUACUUGAGGAGAGCACAGUGUUACAUGGACACAGAGCAAUAUGAAGAUGCUGUAAGAGACUAUGAAAAAGUUUAUCAGACAGAAAAAACAAAAGAACACAAACAGCUUCUAAAGAAUGCACAGAUGGAACUGAAAAAAAGCAAACGGAAAGACUACUACAAAAUCCUUGGGGUCGACAAGAACGCCUCUGAAGAUGAGAUCAAGAAGGCCUACAGGAAAAGAGCACUGAUGCAUCAUCCAGACCGCCACAGUGGGGCGAGUGCAGAAGUGCAGAAGGAAGAGGAGAAGAAGUUCAAGGAGGUUGGUGAAGCCUUUACCAUCUUGUCAGACCCCAAGAAGAAGGCUCGCUAUGACAGUGGACAGGAUCUAGAAGAAGAUGGGUUGAACAUGGGAGACUUCGAUGCAAAUAAUAUAUUUAAGGCCUUCUUUGGAGGGCCGGGAGGCUUCAGUUUUGAAGCUUCUGGGCCUGGGAAUUUCUUUUUCCAGUUUGGCUAAAACACACACACCUGCUCUGCUGCUUUUAGCCUUCAAUACGGACAUACUUAGACUCCUUCCUCCAUCAUGUCUCAUUGUACUUAGAGCAGUUUCAUUUCUCUCGGUUGGAGACCUCAGUUUGUGUGCGUUUGUGUGUGAAGAGGAAACCAGCUCGGGGAAGGGAAGGCUUGUGGAUUUUGUUUUACUGUUAACUUUAUUAAAAAAGAAAAUAAUAAAGCUUUGAAUCUGUUGGUCCCUC